UGGAGGAAGUGGUGGAAGUGGAGGAGGAGGAAGAGGAGGAGGAGAGAUUCCGGGGCGUCUUCAGAUGUUGAACGUCACGCCUCAUCAUCACCAGCACUCACACAUCCACUCCCACCUGCACCUGCACCAGCAAGACACAGCGGCGGGCGGGGUGCACCCCUGAUGGACCCGUUGGCGUCGGGGUCUCCCCUGGCCCGCCUGCCUUACCCAGGGGCAGCGCUGGGCACCCCCAUCCUGGCACACCCCCUCACUGAAAGCGAGGUGCUACGACAACAGCUCUUCGGAGCUCCGUUCCGUGAGCUGCCCCAGCCCUCCUCUCUGACAGGUUCCAUGUCAGCGGCCCACCAGCUCCAGGCCAUGCAGCAGGCCCAGAGCGCAGAGCUACAGAUCCAGAGACUGGCCCUGGAACAGCAGUGGAUCCACCACCACCACCAUCACUCCCUCACCCAGGAUGAGUACUACAGCCACUUAAAGAAGGAAAGCGACAAGACCCUGUAAGGGAGGAAACAGAGAGGGGGAACAAGCCCACGGAAGACAAACCCAAAGGAGGAAGAAAGGAGAGAAAUAUCUGCAAAGGAAGAAGAAAACAACAAAACAGAAGCACUAAGAACAAUGAAGGAAGCAUCAAACCAUAGGAGCCUGAGGAGAAAUGAACUGAUUGCAAAACCAGAUGAAAAAAGGGAGAGAGGGAUGAGAGGAGUGAAAACGUUGCUCACAGUCUGUGUUGUCUGUACUAUACCAUAGCCCCAGACUCUGGGCGCAUCACAGCGUAUGUUGUUCAACUCCAGUUUUGUAUUGUGCCCUGUACAGUAUACUAGGUGGGAGCAGCAAUAUAAUGCAGUACAGUCUGGUGUAAAUGACCUUAUGCCAGGAAGAAUGUGUACAUGAGGCUCUCUUUUAUGUCAUUGCAUGUAGCUAGGUGCUUAUUCUGAACUGGUUGAACUCCUGGUUGUAUUUUUAGUAAUCGCCCUCUCUUUCAUAACGGACAGGUGGUGUAUGAGUAUGCAUGAGACCAGCGAUUAAUGACUGUCAUAUUAUGUUCACGAUUAGUUGGAUUGUUAUUAUUAUUCAUGUCUGUUUGUUGAUAAUUCUAUAAUUCUAUAUACAUAUUAUUUGUAUUGUUAUUUUAUUACAUUUUCAUGGUAUGACGGUUUCUUUAGUUUUUUAUUGUGAAACGAGAUGCAAAUGAAGGAAAAAGAUAAACUACAUCAUUUUUGGGGGAAAAUA